CAGUGCCAGUGCUAAACGCCGCGGUUUGCAAACCGUUUUGUUUGCGUUGUUUUGUUGUUGUUGUGUAUAGCAAACGACGGAAAUCGCGGUUUCGGAUGACUAGCCCAGCCUAGUGCGGGCUGGCACUGCCCGAAGGUCGCCGAUCAGUAGGCAGUCACGGAUUGGUCAGAACAUCGUACGAUGCUAGUGUGCCCCGCCAGAUCACCCCCGCCGCACGCACUCCCACAUGCUUCUACGUCACCGUGCGGAGGAGCGGGUACACACCAAAAACACCGUCACCCGAGCGUAAGAUCUUCUCCGUCCGGCGCGAUAAGAAAUCGGAACGCUCUCGGCUCCGCUGUCAGUUUGUUCUGGAGCUGUUCCCCGCCGUAGAACGCUGAUCGGAGCGCGUGGGGAGGGGGUUGCAUCAUGUGCUCCUUCACCCAUCUUCCCGCUUACCCCCUCCCGAAAAAGCCCACCCGAAUGGCGAUGGACGGAUUUUUUCGUGUUAUCGCAGCGCGCGCGCCUCGAACUGCAUAACUCAACUAAAUAAUUUAUUAUUGACAGCUGUCAGCCAUCCCGCCCGCCCCCACUCCAGCAGCAGAACGCGUGAUCCGAAGAUGCGAGAACUGUACUGUGCGCUGGGUCAGCGCCGGUGGCGUCUACGGGCAAUAUAUUGGGCCUGCCCGGGUCUUAUCACCAGCGAGCAGCGGCCGAAAAAGAACACGAACCACUGCCCUCAGAACCACGGCACCGUUUCAAACGAUCUGGUUAUCUGGCGGGUGGGCAGGACUUUCCUAACCAUCUCCUUGCGGCGCAGAAGGGUGUGCGAGCGGCGGGACCAGGAACUCGGGGCCCGCGAUAACCUUCCCUGUACGUACGAACGAUUCGGGACCGGCAUUCUUGCUGCAGCGUGCCGCUGGUUCAGUUCAGCGUUGCAGACGUGCCUGCCUCCUUACGGGAAGGGAAUCGCGCCAAGGGGAUUCAACCUGCGUGAAGUUUGCAGCAUUGCCACCGAUCAGCCUCCAAGUGUAACCGGAAUUCAUUACAACCCGGGAGUGCAAGAAGGAAGGCGGCUCAGAAAUAUCGAACUUUUGGAGUGCAUUUUUCAGUGUGUAGCUGUGUGAGUGUGUGUGUGUGAGCAAGUGCUUAAGUUAUGGCCCGGGAGGUGGGUAAGAUACAGCCCCAGAACUCGUCCCGCCGCAUCAUCAGCAAUCAAAGCAGCAGUGCCAGCAACAGCAGCGUCGACAGCGCAAAUUCGGACAAAAUGCGCAAACCACUGCUCGACGAACGAUGGACGUCCAUUCUGUACACCUUGAUCGUUUCCCUGCUGUACGUCACCGCCGGCACGAUGGUGGGUUGGAGCAGUGGCACCUUCCGCCGCUCGCACGGCCCUGGGGCCGAACCGCUCGCCCUACCGCUGCUAGACAACUGGAGCAUCUCGCUGGCGGCCACACCGGCCAUCAUCAUUACCGUGACGGCUUGCGUCGUCCACCGCUGCUACCACUGGAUCGGCACCAAAGCCUUCCUGCUGACCGCGUCCCUGCUCGCGAUCGGUUCCAGCACGCUGGAAGCGUACGGUCUCACCUUUUGGAGUGCCAGCGCCGCCCGCAUCCUGGCCGGAAUAGCGGCCGGCAUCGCCUUCACGCUCGUGCCGUCGUACGUGGACGAGUUCGGGUCGGCAACGGGCAGCAACGGUCCGCAUCGUCCACCGCUCAAUGAAAUCCUUGCCACCGCCUUUCCGCUCGGUGUGCUACUCCGCUUCGCCGCCGACUUGCUCCCGCUUCCGGCUGACCCAACGGUAAGCGCUUUAGUUUGGGGCGCUCUGCCAACGUUCGCCUUCGUCGGGUUGCUGUUUCUGCCCGAUUCGGCCCGCUUUCUGUGCGCCAACGGGCGUGUAGCGCAAGCGGCCGCCAUCCUGCAGCGCACGCACGAACCGGCCGCCCAGCCCGCGCUGCAAGAGUGUCUCGCCCGCUGGCAGCAGCCCGGCCCGGGCCUGGUGGAAGCGCUGCGGCGCCAGGCGAACUUUACGCUGACCGUGCCCCUGCUCGCUCUGUUUGCGCUGCAAGCGUUCCUGGGCGUGCUGCCCAUGCUGUUCUAUCUGGCCGGGCUGGUCGAGCUGGCGGGUGAGCAGGCGCAGUCACCCGAACGGGUCGCCACACUGCUGGUGGCACUGUUUACCCUUGCCGUACCGGUCAGCCGCUAUCUGCACGCGAGUCGGCUCCAGCAGCGGCCCGUCCUGGUGCUCAGCGCGAUGCUCAUCGCGCUGGCCACGCUUGCGCUCGGCUGGCACUGUCACGAGCGACGAACCCGCAGCCUGGACCUAGCGGAGCUCCCGAGCGAGUGGCCCCUCUACUGCUUCGCGCUGAUGUUCGUCGCGUACGCGGUCGGGUUCUACCGGCUGCCCGGGACGCUGCUAGCCGCCGAGGUGGCGGACGAGAACCUGCUGGCCCUGCGCACGGUCGCCACGGCAGUUGGCUGGGGCUCGGUCUAUCUCGGCGUGCGGCUGCUGCCCGUGCUGCUGCGCACCAUCGGGCUCGGCUGGGUGCUGUGGAACGUGGCGCUGGUCGCCCUGUCAGCCGCCGGGCUGGUGCUGCUUUGCCUGCCCGCCCAGUACGAGUACGCCCACAAAGCGCUGGCCGGCGGGGCCUGCCCCAGCUCGAUGACUUCCUCCGUCUGCUCGACCGGGUCCAGCGCGUCGCCGGUGGCCUCGGCCUGCUGGCCCUGCUCCACCACCGACCAGAGCUCGGACGCACCGCAGCACUACAGCUACGCGGAACAACGGACGCCCGGCGAGGUCCUCCGAGGACCGGAACUGGUGUGAGAGCGACUGGAAUGUCCCCUAGAGGGGAAAGGGAAAUGAGCGGGGGGGGGGGGGGAGUGGGAGGGGGAAAUCGGGAAGAAAAAGACUGAUCAAACCUUAGCAGCGCUCUGCUGAUAACGGUGUCACGAGGCCGGCCUGCCAGCAAACUCUAGAAGGAGGGCCGAAAAAGCGGCUUCUACUCUUACUCUUGCUGGGCAGGCCUUUUUUUGUUGUUGGUUGGCGUGUGUGUGUGUGUGUGUGCUCUGUUUUUGUGACCAUGACAAAAUUACUCUUUACUUACACACACACACACACACACACACACACAUUGGCCACCAUUCGGCGCCGUCGCUUCAUUAGCGGCCGUGGUUGGCGUGGACGCGAACGAUAAGCGCGAGGGGAGCGACUUUCUUUCUAAUUAAAGAACGUUGGAGGCACGAUUACGACCAAUCGAACAUGGCGCAGUAGCAGAUAAGACGUUCGAGCGAAAGCGGAGAGCGAAAAGAGGGACGGCGGAAGAGGGGAAGAGGAAUUAGUUUGACGCUUGCAGUAGAGUACGACGAGUAGGCUUUGAUAUUGUAAUCGGUUGAUAAGUAGUGUGUAAUGUGCUAGAACGUAUACCAGUGAGGCUGGAGGGGUUCUUAUAUUUAUAGCAGAAGGCAAGGGCAGGGGAUAGAACGAAGAAAAAACAACAAAAUAAUAAUAACGCACACACCCAGGAGGUUUCAUAUACAUAUGUUUGAACAAAUUGAA